GGGUCGGAAGUCUUGUUGUGUUGUUGCUGUAGCUCCUUAGACAUCCAUGGUGGUGUAGCUCUGUAAGGAGAGCUCAAGUCAAGAGGAUAGCUGUUAUGUUUUCUUGAAAAGUCAUCAUCAGCUAGAAGACAUGAAGAAGAGGUUCAACAUCAACCUGGACGACACUGCUUUCGCCAAAGAAAGAACACCGCCAAAGCCGCAGUUUCAGCCUUCAUCCAAAGGAGGACAAAACACCUCAGACUCUACUUCAGCUUCAGCAAAGCCUGCUUCUGUGCCCGUGGAGCAGCCAGUUUCCUAUGCAGAGUACAUCGUCCAGAGUAAAAGCAAUGUGGCUGCUCCCCUUCAGAGAGAGGGUUCCUCCAAACCUCUCAAGACUGUAGUUGCUGAAGGUACCAAUCAAAAGAAAAGUGAGUCAGAUUCAGUGUCUUCUGCCUCUGGCGGAUGUGAAACACCUCAGGACUGUGCUGAAGGGAGUGAAGGUGGAUCUGAAGGGGUUAAGAAGAGCGAUGACCCACUGGUGGCUGGUUCACAUCAGAAAGAGGGGAACUGUCAAAGGUCAGACCCAAUACCAAAUCUGGGCCCAAAACCAGUGGGGUCCGGGAGCAGCAUUAUUGUCAGUCCUCGACAGAGGGGAAAUCCCAUCCUGAAGUUUGUGAGGAGUGUCCCCUGGGAGUUUGGAGAAAUUGUACCGGACUAUGUCUUGGGCCUGACAACUUGUGCUCUCUUCCUCAGUCUGAGGUAUCACAAUCUCAAUCCAAACUAUAUCCACGACCGCCUGAAGCAGCUUGGACAGAAUUUUACCCUGCGAGUGUUACUGGUGCAAGUAGACGUGAAAGAUCCUCAUCAUACUUUGAAGGAGCUGGCUCGCAUCGGCAUCAUGGCUGACUGCACUCUCAUCUUGGCCUGGAGUCCAGAGGAGGCAGGGCGUUACCUGGAAACGUAUAAGUCCUACGAAAAGAAACCUGCAGACCUACUGAAGGAGCAAGUUGAGAAAAACUACCUGUCAAAAGUUACUGAUUGCCUGACCACUGUGAAGUCUGUAAACAAGACCGACGCCAUUACCUUGCUGUCCACUUUCUCAUCUGUAGAAGGAAUCAUCAGUGCCUCUAAGGAAGACUUGGUUCUCUGUCCAGGCCUUGGACCACAAAAAGCACGGCGACUCUACGAUGUGCUCCAUAAUCCCUUCCUCAAGUCAAAGACAAAACACAGCUGAAACGUCUUACCAAGGAUCUGUGACAUGCGCACAAACAUGCUCUCUAGAGGACGGAAUUUAAUACUAUAAACACUCUUGAUUUUCUAAGGUGGUGAAAGAAAUGUGACUUCUCUGAGACUGAGAAUCAGCUAGGGGUGUUUUUUUUCGAAUUUUAAGAUGUGAACUCUUUAGCUGUUAGAGCUGUACACUGAUUCUAUGCUGUAUUGAUUUAAUAUUUGAUGUCAUUUGUUCAUUGCUUAACUAUUUUUU